CCACCCGCUCCUACUCCCACUCGUCUUCGUCUUCCUCCUUCCCAAAUCCUCCUUGUCUUCUGCGAUCUCCCUCCAGGCCCGCUGCACAGGCAGAGUGGACUGACUGACUCGUCACCAGUUCGAUCGAUCGGAGUAGUAGAGGUGAUUAGCGCCCGAUUUCGGUGGGAGGCAUGGCGUCCGGGAAGCACUUCAAGUACGUCAUCCUCGGCGGCGGCGUCGCGGCGGGGUACGCGGCCCGGGAGUUCGCCAAGCAGGGAGUUAAGCCAGGGGAGCUCGCCGUCAUCUCCAAGGAGGCGGUAGCUCCUUAUGAGCGUCCUGCCCUCAGCAAGGGUUACCUCUUUCCUCAGAAUGCUGCAAGGCUCCCAGGAUUUCAUGUAUGUGUGGGAAGUGGUGGAGAGAGGCAAUUGCCUGAAUGGUACACAGAGAAAGGUAUUGAGCUGAUCCUCAGCACAGAAAUUGUCAAAGCUGAUCUUUCCACCAAGACUUUGACUAGUGCAGCUGGAGCAACCUUUACAUAUGAGAUCUUGCUCAUUGCUACUGGCUCCUCAGUCAUCAAGCUCACUGAUUUUGGCACACAAGGAGCUGAUUCUAACAACAUUCUAUAUCUAAGGGAAAUUGAUGAUGCUGACAAGCUGGUUGCAGCUAUCCAGGCAAAGAAGGGUGGGAAGGCAGUUGUUAUCGGGGGAGGUUAUAUUGGCCUUGAAAUUAGUGCCGCACUGAAGAUCAAUGAUUUUGAUGUCACUAUGGUGUUUCCCGAACCUUGGUGCAUGCCCAGGCUCUUCACUGCCGAUAUUGCUGCUUUCUACGAGGCUUACUAUACUAACAAAGGGGUAAAGAUUUUGAAGGGCACAUUAGCUGUUGGUUUUGAUGCCAAUGCCAAUGGUGAUGUCACUGCAGUUAAGCUAAAGGAUGGCACAGUACUUGAAGCUGAUAUUGUUGUUGUCGGUGUGGGAGCCAGACCAUUGACUACUCUCUUCAAAGGUCAAGUUGCUGAGGAAAAAGGUGGAAUCAAGACUGAUGCUUUCUUUGAAACAAGUGUUCCUGGAGUAUACGCCAUUGGCGAUGUCGCUACCUUCCCCUUGAAGAUGUACAAUGAGUUGAGGAGAGUGGAACACGUUGACCAUUCUAGGAAGUCUGCAGAGCAGGCUGUAAAGGCAAUCAAGGGAAAGGAGUCCGGGGAGUCAGUUCCCGAGUACGACUACCUGCCAUACUUCUACUCCCGAUCAUUCGACCUGGGGUGGCAAUUCUACGGCGACAACGUGGGCGAGACCAUCCUGUUCGGCGACAGCGAUCCCGCCUCCAGCAAGCCGAAGUUCGGGUCUUACUGGAUCAAGGAUGGCAAGGUCUUGGGCGCCUUCCUGGAAGGCGGGUCGCCGGACGAGAACAAGGCCAUCGCCAAGGUGGCGAAGACCCAGCCGCCGGUCGCCAGCAUCGAGGAGCUCAAGAAGGAAGGCCUCCAGUUCGCCAGCAAGAUCUGAGACGCUCCCGUUCCAGUGUGUUCCGUUCCAUGUACAUCUUGCGUCAUCGUUUAGGUUGUUCUUGUGUGUUCAUGGUCGCAGCGUUCUACAACAGAUGUUGCCAGGCGUCAUGACAUUCGGUUUCCGAUUGUGAUGUCUGCAGUCUGAACUACACAUACACGAAUACACUUGCUGUACCAUUUGAGAUUUGAAUAAAGCCUGCUGCCUCACGGUUCAACAAGCACAGUUUUUGCA